GAGAGCACCGAACGGUGAACUCUUUAUAGGAGUAUUCGCAUCCUAUGACAUUCCAGCCAAUACUGAAUUGACCUACGAUUAUAAUUUCUCUACAUUUGGGGGUGCUGAGGAACAAGAAUGUUUAUGUGGAGCGCUCACCUGUCGCGGAGUCAUGGGUGUAAAGACUAAAUUCAAGCGAUCCGAAUCCCCCAAACCACAAAAAAAAAGAAAGGCUAUUAAGAAAAAGGUGGUCGUCAGUGAUUUGGAGAACAGCACUUCGGAAUGCGUUGUUCCCGAACAAGAUGCACAAACU